AGUGAUAUGUCUACAUACAACAAAUACUGCUGAUUAUUCUUUGAUACUCCUUUCUAUGUUCUCAUUUUACUUUUUGUAUGAACACAAUCUUUUGUAAACUAAUAUGCAGGGGAUGACUCAGAGGCCCAGAUACAGUUGAAUCUUAUCACAGCUUGAGGUACAAAAAUGAGAGCAUUUAUUUUUUCCUAACAAAGCACAUUUUAUUCAUUUCAAUCUUUACAAUCUCAUAAUGAUGUGUCCAUGAAAAAAAUGAAAAAGCACAUUGACUUUAGAUUGAAUCUUGAUAGACCUUAGUUCUCCUUUAUACAAAGUUUUCAUUCACGUGUGAAAAAAGCCUAUUACGUGAAAAUGUCCAGUUAACAUGUGACAUUUUGUUUUCACAUGUGGAUAUUUUAAUUCACCUGUGAAAAUGUUAAAUUAACAGGUGAAAUUAUGACUUUCACAUGUGCAAAGGCAAAUUUCACAUGUGAUUUUACUUUGUGAGAGAUGUCAGCCGAGUGUGUGAUGUAAAUGAUCUCUCUGCCUGAAGCAGCUCCGCCUGCCCCCUGCGCUGCUGCUUGGAGGCAGCUUGGGCGGGGUGUGCCGGAAUGAUAACCCUUGGAAGCAGACCGAGAGCCGCCACGCUGGAGCGUCUGGAGUCGGUAAUGAGCCAGUUCUCCGGGAGCCUGGACCAGUACGACCUGCAGGACGACACCGAUGACCCGGACCUGAGCUGGCCUACUGACCAGUACGACAGGAAGCCGGAGGAAUCGAGUAAGAUCCCGUUCCACGCCAUUUACAACUUUGUUUCCUUCAAGUCGCUGGACUGCAGAGUUUUUCUGGAUCAAGUCCCCAUCAUUGUUCGGGUAACCGAGGUGGAACGGUUCUCUUCCACAACACGGGUUUUCAAUCCCAACCUGUAUACAAUUGAACUGAGACAUGGGGACUUCACAUGGAAAGUCAAAAGACGAUUCAAACACUUCCAGGCCCUUCAUCAGGAGCUACUGAAGUUCAAGGCCCUUCUGAAGAUCCCUCUGCCAACACGCACCCAUGCAGUUCAGAGAAAGUCAUUCAAAGGUCAUAAGUGUUCUCAGGGAGGACACAUCCCCACAUUACCACAGAGACCCGACGCCUUGGUUAAAGAAGACCAACUGACAAGCAGAAAAAUGCAUCUUGAGGAUUAUUUAAAGAAUGUGCUGAAGAGACCCAUGUACAGAAGUCACCCUGCAACACUUGAGUUCCUGGAGGUGAGCCAAAUAUCAUUUAUUCAGGACCUUGGACCAAAGGGAAUUGAAGGGCUUAUCCUGAAGAAGUCUGGAGGGAACACCUUCCUAGUAUGCUACUGGUGCGGCUCCAACAGUGUCUGUUACUGUUGGUCAAAGAGAUGGCUGGUGGUGAAAGAUUCUUUUGUUCUGUACAUGCGACCAGAGGAUGGGCAGGUUGGCACAGUCAUCCUCUACGAUAAAGGAUUUCAUAUCAAAACUGGAAUUGAAGAGACUGGAGUUAGACAUGGACUAACCGUUGAGAACCUCUGCAGGGCGCUUACCAUCAAAUGCUCCACAUACAGACAGGCUUGUUGGUGGGGUCAGUCCAUUUUGGAGUUUGUGCUGAAGUACGGUAAAGACUACUUAAAAGAAAACCGACAUGGCUCCUUUGCACCUGUCAGAGAAAACAUACCCGCUAAAUGGUUUGUUAAUGCUGCUGACUACUUUGACACUAUUGCUGAUGCCCUGGAAGGAGCAAAAGAGGAAAUAUUUAUCACCGGCUGGUGGUUAAGCCCAGAGAUCUUCCUCAAAAGACCAGUAGUGGAUGGAAACACUUGGAGAUUAGACUACAUCCUAAAGCGGAAAGCUGAACAAGGAGUGAAAAUAUGUGUUCUGCUUUACAAGGAGGUAGAAGUCGUCCUUGGCAUCAACAGCGAGUACACUAAGAAAACCCUCAUGGGGCUGCACUCAAACAUCAAGGUCAUUCGUCACCCUGACCAUGUCCCAUCCACUGCUUUGCUGUGGGCACACCAUGAGAAGACAGUAGUGAUCGACCAAUCAGUGGCCUUCCUCGGUGGCAUUGACCUGGCCUAUGGGAGAUGGGACGACUGCCAACACAGGCUGACCGAUGUGGGGAGCGUCAGGAGGAGUCCCCAGCCGAGCCCUGCCCUCUCUUCAAAUUUUACCAGGGCAAGUACUGUUCAUUCCAUUGUUAUGAUAGUGGUAGAGGGUGUCAAUAUAUAUUCAGUAUGCAAUAAACUUCCCCAACAGAUAGAGGGGUUAUGCUGGGGCAAAUGCAAUACAAUUGUGAGAGAAGGAUGUACGGAUGACGUGUAUGUUCCACAGCAGUCUGCAGUGAUACCGGAGGAAGAGAAGGCUGGGACAGAGGAAGAAAAGCUGGGACGAAGGGCCAGAGACAUCCUGAGAGACCUGGAGAAUGGAGAGGGGUGGGGCAGGUGUGGGGCAUGUGAAAGAGGCGGUGUGGGACAGCAGGGGGAGAACAGUAGUGGAGUCCUUCCCAGCAGCAGGCUUCUGAGCACACACACACAGGAGGACUUCAACUACUGCGCAGAGUCCGAACAGUGCAGCAGCAGGAACAGCCUCAGUUCCAGGACCGUCCCACAUAUGGAGCGGCAGAACAAGAACCCUGCCCUUCAUUCCAACCAGUCUGAAUCCUUCCGUACCCAUAAUUCUCUCCGUCUGCCUCAGGAGAUCAGCUCUCUGAGGAGCCACAUACGCACCAACGAACUCUCUGGAGAAGCACGGUUCUGGCAUGGAAAGGACUACUGCAACUUUAUCCUGAAAGAAUGGGUCAAACUGAACAAGCCCUUUGAUGACUUUAUUGACCGGUACAAAACACCAAGAAUGCCUUGGCACGACAUCGGGGUGGCCGUGCAGGGCAAAGCAGCUCGAGACAUUGCCAGACAUUUUAUUCAGCGGUGGAAUUUCACAAAACUGGUGAAGAAACGGUCGAGGGCGACGUGUUAUCCCUGCUUGCUGCCGAAAUCACUUAGUGUGCCCACAGAAGUUCCCUCGGAUGUGGGAAAACAGACGCUGGCCUGUGUACAGGUCCUGAGAUCUGUUUGCCAGUGGUCCGUAGGUUCAAAGAUCCAUGAGGAGUCAAUUCACCUUGCAUAUAUCUCUGCAAUCCAGAACAGCGAGCAUUUUAUCUACAUUGAGAAUCAGUUCUUCAUCAGUUGUUCUGACAAAACCAUCCACAACAGCAUAGGUGACACCCUCACAGAGAGAAUACUAAGAGCCCACAGGGAAAAGAAGAAAUUCAGAGUGUACGUGGUGAUGCCUCUUUUGCCCGGAUUUGAAGGAGACAUCUCCUCUGGAGGGGGCCAGGCCAUCAAAGCAAUCAUGUACUUUAAUUACAGGACAAUGUGCCGGGGAGAGCACUCCAUCAUUGAGAGACUCAAAUGUGUGAUGGCUGGCAUCUGGAUAAACUACAUCUCUUUCUGCGGGCUGCGAACUCAUGCUGGUCUGGACGGAAGACUGGUCACUGAACUCAUCUACGUCCACAGCAAGCUGAUGAUUGUGGAUGACCGCACGGUCAUCAUCGGCUCUGCUAACAUCAAUGACAGGAGCAUGCUGGGAAGGCGGGACAGUGAGAUGGCAGUGGUGGUGGAAGACUCUGAGCUCCAGGCGUCAGUGAUGGACGGAGAGACGUACCAGGCUGGGAGAUUUGCACGCUCUCUAAGGGAAAAGUGCUUCAGGCUAGCCCUUGGUCUCCUGGAUGACCCCACUGUAGAUGUCAGUGACCCAAUCAGUGACAGGUUCUACAAGGAUAUCUGGAUGGUGACAGCUGCAAAGAAUGCUAGUGUGUAUGACAAGGUCUUCCGGUGCCUGCCAACCGAUGCCGUCCUGAACUACAAAAUUCUACGGGAGUACGUGUCACACCCCUGCAUGGCCACAGAGGAUCCUGCUCAGGCCUGUGAGGAGCUGAGGAAGGUGCGCGGCUUCCUGGUCCAGUUCCCCUUCUACUUCCUGUCAGAGGAGAACCUUUUCCCAUCCUUUAACUCCAAGGAGGGAAUGAUGCCUAUUGAGCUGUGGACAUAGUCUCACGUGAACAAAAGACUGACUGGGAAGAAAAGCAUUCUUCCCAAGAUGAUACCAAUUCUAAUGAAGCUGUACACAAUUCUUUCUACCUUGUAUAUUUUUAUAGAACAUUUGUGCUGUGAUAUAAAAGAGAUCAGAUUUUGGAUAUUCUCCUAACAAUGAAAACAAUAAUAUCUACCUCUUGAACCACUGGGGAAAGACAUAUACAUUAUGAAAGACAAGGGUUGUCUUAUACUAUAUAAUAGAUAUGUCACAGACAAAGGUAUUAGAAUGUAGGAGGACAUUGAAAACUUUUGGUACACUUUGUAAUUUUUCCUUUAUUAUUACUAUUAUUCUUGUUUUGUGUUACUUGUAAUAAGUUACUUCAUUUGUUCAUUCAUCAAGCGUCUUUGAGACCAUGAAAAGCGCUAUAUAAAAUAAAUGUAUUGUUAUUAUUA